AUGGGCCGAGCGGGACCUCUAAAGCACGUAGUAUGGUAAGGUUAAGAAGGAAUAAAGGUAGGAAAAGUUAAGGUAGGGCAGGGUAGAACAGGGCAGGAGAAUAGCAAGGCAAGACAAGGCAAGGCAAGGCAAGGUAAGGCAAGGCAAGGUAAGGCAAGGCAAGGCAAGGCAAGGCAAGGCAAGGCAAGGCAAGGCAAGGCAAGACAAGGAAAGGCAAGGCAAGGCAAGGCAAGGCAAGGCAAGGCAAGGCAAGGCAAGGCAAGGCAAGGCAAGGCAAGGCAAGGCAAGGCAAGGCAAAGCAAGAUCAGAGCAAGACCAAGGCAAAGCAAGACCAAAGCAAGGCAAGGCAAGGCAAGGCAAGGCAAGGCAAGGAAAGGCAAGGAAAGGCAAGGCAAGGCAAGGCAAAGCAAGGCAAGAUCAGAGCAAGACCAAAGCAAAGCAAGACCAAAGCAAGGCAAGACAAGGCAAGGCAAGGCAAGGCAAGGCAAGGCAAGGCAAGGCAAGGCAAGGCAAGGCAAGGCAAGGCAAGGCAAGGCAAGGCAAGGCAAGGCAAGACAAGGCAAGGCAAGGCAAGGCAAGGCAAGAUCAGAGCAAGACCAAGGCAAGGCAAGGCAAGGCAAAGCAAGGCAAGGCAAGGCAAGGCAAGGCAAGGCAAGGUAAGGCAAGGCAAGGCAAGGCAAGGCAAGGCAAGACAAGGAAAGGCAAGGCAAGGCAAGGCAAGGCAAGGCAAGGCAAGGCAAGGCAAGGCAAGGCAAAGCAAGAUCAGAGCAAGACCAAGGCAAAGCAAGACCAAAGCAAGGCAAGGCAAGGCAAGGCAAGGCAAGGCAAGGCAAGGCAAGGCAAGGCAAGGCAAGGCAAGGCAAGGCAAGGCAAGGAAAGGCAAGGAAAGGCAAGGCAAGGCAAGGCAAAGCAAGGCAAGAUCAGAGCAAGACCAAGGCAAAGCAAGACCAAAGCAAGGCAAGGCAAGGCAAGGCAAGGCAAGGCAAAGCAAGGCAAGAUCAGAGCAAGACCAAGGCAAAGCAAGACCAAAGCAAGGCAAGGCAAGGCAAGGCAAAGCAAGACCAAAUCAAGGCAAAGCAAGGCAAGGCAAGGCAAGGCAAGGCAAGGCAAGGCAAGGCAAAGCAAGGCAAGGAAAGGCAAGGCAAGGCAAGGCAAGGCAAGGCAAGGCAAGGCAAGGCAAGGAAAGGCAAGGAAAGGCAAGGCAAGGCAAGGCAAAGCAAGGCAAGAUCAGAGCAAGACCAAAGCAAGGCAAGACAAGGCAAGGCAAGGCAAGGCAAGGCAAGGCAAGGCAAGGCAAGGCAAGGCAAGGCAAGGCAAGGCAAGACAAGGCAAGGCAAGGCAAGGCAAGGCAAGGCAAGGCAAAGCAAGGCAAGGAAAGGCAAGAUCAGAGCAAGACCAAGGCAAAGCAAGACCAAAGCAAGGCAAGGCAAAGCAAGACCAAAGCAAGGCAAGGCAAGGCAAGGCAAGGCAAGGCAAGGCAAGGCAAGGCAAAGCAAGGCAAGAUCAGAGCAAGACCAAAGCAAGGCAAGAUCAGAGCAAGACCAAAGCAAGGCAAGACAAGGCAAGGCAAGGCAAGGCAAGGCAAGGCAAGGCAAGACAAGGCAAGGCAAGGCAAGGCAAGGCAAGGCAAGGCAAGGCAAGGCAAGGCAAAGCAAGGCAAGAUCAGAGCAAGACCAAAGCAAGGCAAGAUCAGAGCAAGACCAAAGCAAGGCAAGACAAGGCAAGGCAAGGCAAGGCAAGGCAAGGCAAGGCAAGGCAAGGCAAGGCAAGGCAAGGCAAGGCAAGGCAAGGCAAGGCAAGGCAAGGCAAGGCAAGGCAAAGCAAGGCAAGGAAAGGCAAGAUCAGAGCAAGACCAAGGCAAAGCAAGACCAAAGCAAGGCAAGGCAAAGCAAGACCAAAGCAAGGCAAGGCAAGGCAAGGCAAGGCAAGGCAAGGCAAGGCAAGGCAAGGCAAGGCAAGGCAAGGCAAAGCAAGACAAGGCAAGGCAAGGCAAAGCAAGGCAAGGCAAGGCAAGGCAAGGCAAGGCAAGACAAGACAAGACAAGAAAAGGCAAGGCAAAGCAAGGCAAGAUCAGAGCAAGACCAAGGCAAAGCAAGACCAAAGCAAGGCAAAGCAAGGCAAAGCAAGGCAAGAUCAGAGCAAGACCAAGGCAAAGCAAGACCAAAGCAAGGCAAGGCAAAGCAAGACCAAAGCAAGGCAAGGCAAGGCAAAGCAAGGCAAGGAAAGGCAAGGCAAGGCAAGGCAAGGCAAGGCAAGGCAAGGCAAGGGAAGGCAAGGCAAGGCAAAGCAAGGCAAGAUCAGAGCAAGACCAAAGCAAAGCAAGACCAAAGCAAGGCAAGGCAAGGCAAAGCAAGGCAAGGCAAGGCAAGGCAAGGCAAGGCAAGGCAAGGCAAGGCAAAGCAAGGCAAGGAAAGGCAAGGCAAGGCAAGGCAAGGCAAAGCAAGGCAAGGAAAGGCAAGGCAAGGCAAGGCAAAGCAAGGCAAAGCAAGGCAAGGAAAGGCAAGGCAAGGCAAAGCAAGGCAAGGCAAAGCAAGAUCAGAGCAAGACCAAGGCAAAGCAAGACCAAAGCAAGGCAAGGCAAGGCAAGGCCAAGGCAAAGCAAGACCAAAGCAAGGCAAGGCAUGGCAAGGCAAGGCAAGGCAAGGCAAAGCAAGGCAAGGCAAAGCAAGAUCAGAGCAAGACCAAGGCAAAGCAAGACCAAAGCAAGGCAAGGCAAGGCAAGGCAAGGCAAGGCAAAGCAAGGCAAGGAAAGGCAAGGCAAGGCAAGGCAAGGCAAGGCAAGGCAAGGCAAGGCAAGGCAAGGCAAGGCAAGGCAAGGCAAGGCAAGGCAAGGCAAGGCAAGGCAAGGCAAGGCAAGGCAAGGCAAGGCAAGGCAAGGCAAGGCAAGGUAAGGCAAGGCAAGAUUAGAGCAAGACCAAGGCAAAGCAAGACCAAAGCAAGGCAAGGCAAGGCAAGGCAAGGCAAGGCAAGGCAAGGCAAGGCCAAGGCAAGGCAAAGCAAGACCAAGGCAAGGCAAGGCAAGGCAAGGCAAGGCAAAGCAAGACCAAGGCAAGGCAAGGCAAGGCAAGGCAAGGCAAGGCAAAGCAAGGCAAGAUCAGAGCAAGACCAAGGCAAAGCAAGGCAAGGCAAGGCAAGGCAAGGCAAGGCAAGGCAAGGGAAGGCAAGGCAAGGCAAAGCAAGGCAAGAUCAGAGCAAGGCAAGACAAGGCAAGGCAAGGCAAGGCAAGGCAAGGCAAGGCAAGGCAAGGCAAGGCAAAGCAAGACCAAGGCAAGGCAAGGCAAGGCAAGGCAAGGCAAGGCAAGAUCAGAGCAAGACCAAGGCAAAGAAAGACCAAAGCAAGGCAAGGCAAGGCAAGGCAAGGCAAGGCAAGGCAAGGCAAAGCAAGAUCAGAGCAAGACCAAGGCAAAGCAAGACCAAAGCAAGGCAAGGCAAGGCAAGGCAAGACAAGGCAAGGCAAGGCAAGGCAAGGCAAGGCAAGGCAAGGCAAGGCAAGGCAAGGCAAGACAAGGCAAGGCAAGGCAAGGCAAGGCAAGGCAAGGCAAGGCAAGGCAAGGCAAGGCGAGGCAAAGCAAGGCAAGAUCAGAGCAAGACCAAGGCAAAGCAAGACCAAAGCAAGGCAAGGCAAGGCAAGGCAAGGCAAGGCAAGGCAAGGCAAGGCAAGGCAAGGCAAGGCAAGGCAAGAUCAGAGCAAGACCAAGGCAAAGCAAGACCAAAGCAAGGCAAGGCAAGGCAAGGCAAAGCAAGGCAAGGAAAGGCAAGGCAAGGCAAGGCAAGGCAAGGCAAGGCAAGGCAAGGUAAGGCAAGGCAAGAUUAGAGCAAGACCAAGGCAAAGCAAGACCAAAGCAAGGCAAGGCAAGGCAAGGCAAGGCAAGGCAAAGCAAGAUCAGAGCAAGACCAAGGCAAAGCAAGACCAAAGCAAGGCAAGGCAAGGCAAGGCAAGGCAAGGCAAGGCAAGGCAAAGCAAGGCAAGAUCAGAGCAAGACCAAGGCAAAGCAAGACCAAAGCAAGGCAAGGCAAGGCAAGGCAAGGCAAGGCAAGGCAAGGCCAAGGCAAAGCAAGACCAAAGCAAGGCAAGGCAAGGCAAGGCAAGGCAAGGCAAGGCAAGGCAAGGCAAGGCAAGGCAAGGCAAGGCAAGGCAAGGCAAGAUCAGAGCAAGACCAAGGCAAAGCAAGACCAAAGCAAGGCAAGGCAAGGCAAGGCAAGGCAAGGCCAAGGCAAGGCCAAGGCAAGGCCAAGGCAAGGCAAGGCAAGGCAAGGCAAGGCAAGGCAAGAUCAGAGCAAGACCAAGGCAAAGCAAGACCAAAGCAAAGCAAGGCAAGGCAAAGCAAGACCAAGGCAAAGCAAGACCAAAGCAAGGCAAGACAAGGCAAGGCAAGGCAAGGCAAGGCAAGGCAAAGCAAGGCAAGAUCAGAGCAAGACCAAGGCAAAGCAAGGCAAGGCAAGGCAAGGCAAGGCAAGGCAAGGCAAGGCAAGGCAAGGCAAAGCAAGGCAAGAUCAGAGCAAGACCAAAGCAAAGCAAGACCAAAGCAAGGCAAGGCAAGGCAAGGCAAGGCAAGGCAAGGCAAGGCAAGGCAAGGCAAAGCAAGACCAAGGCAAGGCAAGGCAAGGCAAGGCAAGGCAAGGCAGAGAAAGGCAAGGCAAGGCAAGGCAAGGCAAGGCAAGGCAAGGCAAGGCAAGGCAAGGCAAGGCAAGGCAAGGCAAGGCAAGGCAAGGCAAGAUCAGAGCAAGACCAAGGCAAAGCAAGACCAAAGCAAGGCAAGGCAAGGCAAGAUCAGAGCAAGACCAAGGCAAAGCAAGACCAAAGCAAGGCAAGGCAAGGCAAGGCAAGGCAAGGCAAAGCAAGACCAAAGCAAGGCAAGGCAAGGCAAGGCAAGGCAAAGCAAGACUAUGCAACUAUUGA